AUGCGCGUGUUGGUGCAGUGUUGCCGGUGUUCCCGCUCUGCUCCUGGCGCCGGGGGCCCGGGACCGAGUCGCACGCGGCGGGCUCUGUCAGGGCUGGGCAGGCUCCCGGGCGGGGAGGGCUGCCCGGACGCCCGAGGCCGCGAGAAGCCGCCCUGGCGGGUACUCUUCUUUGGCACCGACCGGUUCGCCCGCGAGGCGCUGCGCGCGCUGCUCGCCGCCAGGGAAAACAAAGAGGAAGAGUUAAUUGAAAAACUGGAAGUGGUCACAGUGCCUUCCCCGUCACCAAAAGGACUGCCAGUGAAGCAAUACGCUGUUCAGUCUCAGCUUCCAGUCUAUGAGUGGCCAGAUGUGGGAUCUGGGGAAUAUGAUGUUGGAGUCGUGGCUUCAUUUGGCCGACUUCUGAGUGAGGCUCUUAUUCUUAAAUUUCCCUAUGGUGUACUGAACAUCCAUCCUAGUUGCCUCCCGAGGUGGCGUGGUCCAGCUCCUAUAAUCCAUACGGUUCUUCAUGGAGACACCAUUACUGGAGUAACAGUUAUGCAGAUUAGACCUAAAAGGUUUGAUAUAGGCCCAAUUCUCAAACAAGAAACCAUUCCUGUGCCACCCAGGAGCACCGCAAAGGAACUGGAAGCAGUGUUGUCAAGAUUGGGUGCCAACAUGCUCAUUUCAGUUUUGAAAAAUUUGCCUGAAAGUCUGAACAAUGGAAGGCAGCAGCCAAAAGAGGGGGUGACAUAUGCCCCUAAGAUUUCUGCUGGUACCAGCUGUGUAAAAUGGGAGGAACAAACUUCAGAGCAAAUAUUCAGACUUUAUCGUGCUAUUGGAAAUAUAAUUCCAUUGCAGACGCUCUGGAUGGAGAAUACCAUUAAACUUCUGGAUUUGGUAGAAGUUAACAGUUCAGUCCUUGCUGAUCCCAAAUUAACGGGACAGGAAGUCAUUCCAGGAUCAGUAGUAUACCACAAACAGUCACAAAUUCUGCUGGUUUAUUGCAAGGAUGGCUGGAUUGGUGUUCGAUCAGUGAUGCUUAAGAAAACACUAACAGCUACUGAUUUCUACAAUGGAUAUUUGCAUCCGUGGUACCAAAAAAAUUCCCAAACUCAACCAAGCCAAUGCAGAUUUCAUACUCUCAGACUUCCAACAAAGAAGAAGCAGAAGAAAAUUGUUGCUAUGCAACAGUGCGUUAAUAGUUAGAAGUUGGACAGGAACCUAUUACACAUUUGUAGUUUAUUAAAAACCUUAUAUGCAAGGAAUUACCUGGACUGUCAAAGAAGAUGACACUGUUGGAGGAUGAGAAGAUUGUUGUCAAAAGGAUGGAUUGCCUCAUCUUCCACUUUCUGUGUAGCAGUCGUGUUACCUAAAUUACAGAAAAUUUUAAAUAAAAUUUGUAUGUAUAAUAUUGAACUCACAGAGACUAUAAGUGCAAGGAUAACUAACUGCGUAUGUAUAUACUGAAAAUAAGUUUUAUUUGAAACAGUUCAUUCAUUGAAUUUUAAAAGUCAUGUUCCCCUUGACUGUGGUAUCAUUUUAGAAGUUUUUUAUCUGCUUUUCUGAUUUUCGGUAAACAGUAAAGUCGGCUCUUUAUAAGUUUCUCUACUUUUCUACCAGCAAGGUCUCAUCAAUAGAAAAAUGAUUAAUAAUUUCUGCCACACUGAUCUGUUGUAUAAAUUAACAUUUCAUAUUUAUGUUUUUUGAAGUAGAAAUAUGCUAACAUUUCUUUCAACUUAGUAGUGCAAUAAGGGUUAUUGAGUGCCUGGUGUGUGCAACUCAUCCUGUCUCCAGGAAGGUUAAGCUCUUCUGGAGUAGGAGAGGUGCAGUGACCAAUUAUUAAAUUUGUAUUUGAGAAUCUUGACCUAUUGGCUUUUCCUGCCUAGAUUCUGUCAGUUAAAAUCUUUUCUAUUCAUUAAUUUAUCUACUAAUUCAACAACAUUUAUUGACAGGGUGAUCAUAUCAUUGUUCAUGUAAAUUAGGGUACUUUCAUGAAUAAACUGAAGCACUUAUAUAAAAUUA